AUGUUGAGCUUGGAGAUCAGUUCUUCCGGCUUCAGCCCGGAGACGAAAUUGCUGUUAUCCGCCCCAUUAGUGGAGGCUAGUGCAUUUAAGCCAUGCAGGAAAGAUAUGGAUGAUGUUGAAGAGAAACCUAAUGAUAUAAUAAAAUUCACUGCUGAGAAACUUUCCGUGGAUGAGGUCUCGCAGUUGGUGAUUUCUCCACCCUGUGGUGCAGUGUCCCUGUUUGUAGGGAUUACGAGAAAUAACUUUGAAGGGAAGAAAGUCGUUAGCUUAGAAUAUGAAGCUUAUCUACCAAUGGCAGAAAACGAGGUCAGGAAAAUCUGUAGUGACAUCAGGCAGAAAUGGCCAGUCACACACACAGCAGUGUUCCAUCAACUUGGCUUAGUUCCGGUGUCAGAAGCAAGCAUAAUCAUUGCUGUGUCCUCAGCCCACAGGGCUGCAUCCCUUGAAGCUGUGAGCUAUGCCAUUGAUAAUUUAAAAGCCAAGGUGCCCAUAUGGAAAAAGGAAAUGUAUGAAGAGUCAUCUUCAACUUGGAAGAGAAACAAAGAAUGCUUUUGGGCAAACAAUGAUUAAUCGGUUAUAUUGUUUAGC